AUGCACUUCCAUCUCAUCCCAGCUCUCCUCGCCAUCACCACCAACCUCCUCCUCACUCCCCUCGUCCGCGCCGACAACGACCUCGACUCCGACGAUGUCCCCGACCGGUGCUGGUCUGUCUGUGGUCCCGUCGUAGGUAUAACCCAAGGCUGCGACCACAAAUACGACGACAACGACCGCGCCGAGCUCAACUGCAUCUGCAACUGGGUCGAGGCACCUACUCUUCUGCCGUUGUGCGAGGCCUGUAUUGCCAAUUACCGCAGUGAGCAUGAUCACGAUGAUGACCAUGAUGCGCAUGAUAAUGACGCCUACGACAUCCUAACCUCCUGCUCCCUAUCAACGACAACCUGGAACGCGGCGGCUGCUACUUCUGCUCUUCAGUCUGUGAACAGCACCAGUGCUACUGCUACUGCUACGGGUUCUGGUGCUGGGGCUAGUGGUACCGGUUCUGUGUCUUCGACCGGUGGUUCUGCUGCUGCUGCCGCUGCUACUGGUGAUGUUAAUGCCGCCGUGGGGGUGAGCGUUCCGGGGCUUUCGUCUGUGGCGGUGAUGUUGGCUAUGGGGAUGGGGUAUUUGGGUGUGGUUUGA